AUGGCAGUGAAUGCGCAGUGCCCACUGUGCUGGUCAUCUGGCGUGCCUCCCUUUGAACAUGUCACAAGGCCCACAGGAGGCCUUCCAAACACGAAGGCAAAAAUUAUUCAAGAGAUCUUGGAGACACCAGGAUGCAGCAUGCAGAAAGCUGACUUGGAGAGACAGCUUUGCAAAGAGUUGCGGCACGUCCUCCAGCAGGCUACUGGCAUGAAGAAGGGUGCCAUGAUGCAUCUGCUUCGAGAACACUGGCAAGCCCAGUGCAAUCUGGCUGCUGCUGCUGGUGGCCAGGGCACUGUGCAGGCGGACACAACAGACAUGGCCCUGGAACGCUGGGAGCUAGUCAGGCAGCAAGACCCUGAUGAUGAAGACGAUGACGACGGAGACGAAAACGAUGAAGAGCAGCCUGGCAAUACCCUGUGGCAAGAGCUUGAUGAAGCUGAAGUCAUGUUGCAAAGGGCCAGGCAGCGAGUGAUUACAUUGAGGCAGAGAUUGCAACUCCCCAUGUUCUGUGACCGGGGCACACAGACACUUCUGUGCUUCGCCGACCAGGUGAUGGCGGAUUCGGUCGAUGAUCAGAAGCUGGCGCCCAACGAGGCUGGAGUUCGGCGUGCCGACAAGAUCGGUGGCACGGAAUACAUUCAUGCGCUGGUUUGCAGUGGCACUGUGUCCUGGAGUGAUGCAGAAGGAAAAACUCGAGCAGAAGAGCUGAACUUGCCUCCUAGGCAGGUGACCUCAACAGCUGCCAAACAGGUAGGCCCCGCCCUUCUGCAGACCUUGGAGCAGAUGCUGUUUGGUUGUUCUUUUCUGGAGUUUUUGCAGUCAGCCAAGAAGAAGUAUCGAUCAGUGGGUUUCAGCCUUGUUGCGGACAGUGCGAAAGCGAACUUGAAAACCGUGCGUGACCUGACGGCCUAUGUUGUUCAACAAGGGGAAGCAUGUGGUCUUCUCGUGACCCUUCAUUUCAUUCCUUGUCUCAUGCACCAGAUUAUGCGAGUCGUUUUACUAAAUAUGGACCACAAGGGCUUGACAGCUGCGAUGUAUUCUCUGAGCCGACUACAACUUUCCACCACAACAAAGGAAAGAACAUUCAGAACUAUGCGUGAGCUUUUGCACAAGAACUUCGUUUACAAACCAAAUGAGUCUCCACCUGACAUUGCUGUGACACGUGCAACUUUUCGACGGCGACUCGCCGAGCUUCUCAAAGGCUGUCUGAGCAUUGAAGUUGGUGAGAUGGAUAUGACCGAGACCCGCUGCAGUUUCAUUGACAAAGCCCUUGAGUUCUUUAAUGGGGAUAUCACGAACAAGCAGCAGUGGUGCCACUAUUGCCGUGGUUGCCACCGAGACCAACAGCAUGCGAUGAACGAUGUGCCUUGCCAGCAAUCACAGCAGGCAUGGCCGGUCGAAUCGUAG